AGGGAACUCAGGCCUUUCCAAGUACUGCUCUUUUCCUGUGUAGAGCUGCUUAGUGCCAGGCCUAGAAGACCAAGAAUGGGUUAUCAGCGGCUGUACGCUGGAUGCUGGGGCCGAGACAACAUGGCUCGCCUCCUUGCGGUUGGCAGUGGCGGCGACCGAGACGGCAGCGCGGCUGGAGAGACAGAAAAAAGGACCUGAGCAAAGUGAAGAGCCUUCUGGACAUUGUGACAGACCUCUCCAAGUGGUCCCCUGAAGACCUUGCCAAAGUAAGACAUCACCUGGAGAAACUCAAGAAUGACAUGGUGGUGCCCACUGUCGCUGGUGCCACUGAUAAAACAGCAGUACCUAUGCCAGCCGCUCCUGGAUGUCGUCCUGGCCAACAUCCGCUCACCUAUCUUCAGCCAUUCCCUGUACUGCACAUUCAUUCCAGCCAUGACUGCCAUCCACGGCCGACCCAUCAUGUACAUCCAGCUGGACUGGGCUUCGUGGAGGGUGGCUGGCCAGCCCUGGGCCAUGUGUACCCAGUGUGGUCACCAUGCUGCCUUCCCAAGGCCCUGGGGUGUGCACCCAGAAGCAUAGGCUUGAGGACGACCAGCAGCAGAGCAUCCCCAGCAUUCUCCAGGAAUCCAAGAAAACAUGGGCCUGAAACCCAAGGCAGUACAGCGGAAUUAAUUACAGGGCUGGUCCCUCAGUCAUACAUGACAGAGAUUGCUCAGGAAGAGGCUGUGCUGGUUCUUUGUCAGUUAGAUAGCAUUGAUUUCUGGAAUCCUGAUGCUCCUGUGAAACAUUUUGGGAUAUUAGUUCACAGAUGCUUUAUACAUCUGCAAGAAAUUAGUCAUCAAAUGCUUAGUAGUACAAAAAUUCUCAAGUGGUUGCAGGAAAUUUUGAUCUGCAGGAAUAAAUUUCUUCUUAAAAAUAAGUACCUUAAAUGGCAGCAUACGGAUGAAUGAAGAUCUGUUAAUGUCAGCAUUGAUACCUCAGCACAAACUCAAAUGGGAUCUGAUGUCUGCCAUGACUUUUUUAUUCUUAUGGAAUAAGUAUGGUUUGAGAAACUACAGCUUCAUUGUUUGUAAGGCAAAUAUUUCCAACUUUGCUGCACUCCUUGACAAUCUGCCUUAAGGAAGAAUAUAUGACUUACUCUCUGCCUAAAAAUUUUGUUUGCUGGAUUUUUUGAUGUAGGUAUAUAUACAUAUAUAUUUAUAAAAUGUAUAUUAACAAAUAUUUAUAUCCCAAAUAAUUAAAAAUACAUUGUUAUAAACAACAUUAUUCUACAAUUCCUUCUGGGGGAGGUAAGAGGAGUUAGAACAUCAAUCUCACUUCUUUGGAGGAAACAAUAACUUGGUUAUACCAACAGCUUGGCUAUAGGGUGUAAGAAAGUAAUAUGUUCCUCACUAGGAAAUAUAUAACUGCCUUUGUGACAUUGCAGUUAACUGUCAAGUUGGAGACAUCUGAUUGUGUGGGUGUGAGAGUGAGGAGAGAUGUAUUUUCUAGUUUCUUCAUAACAUUUUGCAUUCGGGGUCUCAACUAACAACAAUUUAUUGAUGUCCUUAUGUAUCGUUAGAUAAAUUUGGGUGUAUGGAAGUAACUGCCUCAGUCUCAAAGUGAAUCAUGUUGAAGCAAAAUACUAAAUGUAUUUUGAAUUAUCUGUGUCAAAUAGAUGAUAUGUCCUCCUUCGAGUCAUUCAAAAGUCAUUCUUUAUUUUAGUUCAUUUAUUUAGUGAAGUUGUCAGUCCCACACAUUUGUGGCCAGUGAAGAGCAAGAAAAGUAUGAAAAGGCUACCAGAGUCCAUAGCAUAUCACUCACAUGACAGUAGAACUGCUGCUAGUGAGACAGAUAUUAACAGAAAAUUCAAGAACCUGGGAUUGAGGGCAAAAUUGUAUCUGCCAAAGUCACCCUUAAAACAUUAAAAGAGGUUAAAGAGCAUUGGAUGGGGAGAGAGAAUGCAAAGCCAAUUUCUGGGUGAAAGGCAUGGAGCCAUCGGGAUUAUAAGAAAGACUUGGUGAAAAUCAUUCGGGUAGAAUUUGUGUCCCUAUUUCGAGCUCAAACUUUUAAGCACCAUACUUGACCCCCAUAUUCUAAACUAGUCACAUCACCCAAUCGAGCCAUUGUUGAGAAGACUUACAUUACUUCAUGGAGAACGCUCUGGAGCAGCGAACUGUCAAGGAAAUAUGUGUAAAUAUAGUUAAUCAAACCUAAAGUAUUAAUAUUUUAUGUUAAAUUUGUAAUCUGUGUAAUUAUUUAAAAUAUUUGUAAUAAUAAGAUUAGAUGUAUUAGCUUUGCUGUUUUUAGCUGUGAGAAAAUAGGAUGUUUUUGUAAACUGAAUUGUGAUAUUUAUGGGAACUCAGUUCCUGGUUUGUGUUAAUGUAUUUGUUAGAUUAAUAACAUUUCAUAUCUUGCUUAAAAAUAUGCAUAUUUAAUUUAUAAAAUUUACUUUAGUAUGUGUGAGAGAAUGUACUUCACUACAUUUGUAAACAAGACUGGUUAGGCAACAUUAACUGCUUAACUUGGGUUAACCAUUAGUUUUAAAUAAGAUGAAAUAGACUACUCUCAUUUUUAUCUAAGUAUUGCUUAUAAGUUAAUAAAACAUAGAUGUAUUAAAAGGCCUAAUGAAAAAUA